UGAUGACCAAGCACUGCAGCACUAUAAAAAUAGUUAGUGCUUAUGUAUUAAACUGCAUUUAUUGAGAAAUUGUGUGGAAGCUGGAAUCUAAAUCUACAUGUACGUAUAACAAGAUGUUGUCUACAAAAGCUAAAGUCUGCGAUAUGGAUGAGUAUUACGAUGGUCUUGCCUUCCGAUUUGAAAUGCCCAAAGAGGAUCUAUCUUUGAGGGGUGUUCGCAUUGAAGAUGGUGUGCCUACGCUGCUUUUCAGUGUUGCUAAUAAAGUACCAACUAUUAUAGAGGAAGAAGUGGCCAUGUGUAUUCGUCUAAGCCAAGAAAACAAGCGUCCCGAGUUCUCCUACAAUAGUUUUCUCCCUGGCCACCCUCUUGAAAGAACUGGCCGACAUUUCAAGAAUUACAAACCGCUCUGCACGAGACGCACUUCUAUCGGAGAAACUCUUGCUGAAAUCGACUGGCAAAUGAAGUGCCUAAUGGUUGGUGUCCGUAGUGACAAGAAUAAGGAGAAAUUCUGGUCAUGGACUGAAAAAAGCGAUGUUGAUGGUUUGGUAAGUUACGAAAACUUUAAAAGUGAUCCAUCAAAGGAGGGUGGUAUUUUCAUGAAAUGCAAGGGCGUAUCUAUUUGUGAAGAUUCAAACCAGAUCGUCUUUGAAGGAGAACCAGAAAUGGCAAUUGAUUCCGUGAAAUUUCCAGCAUAUUCACGUUACAUCACAGAACAUUUUGAUUCUAUUGCAUACUAUGACGAGCCGCUGUUUCUCAAAAUGAAGGAGUACAUAAAGCUCAUUCUUGCUGUUGAGUGGUUGAAAGAAAAAGGAGUUCACUUUAGCCAGAACUGGAUACAAGAGCAUACAGCACCCACGUACGAUCCCCCCAAGUCGUUACAAGUGGAACUCUCAGCUGAAGAAACCAACUCAAUCAUGAAGAAGCUAAAAAAAGAGGCAAAGAAGGUAAUGAAAAGGCCUGAAGUGUUGCAAGCCCUCUCCCAAAGCAAGUACGUGGAUCGAUUUCUGUUACGAAACCCACAGUGACAAUGAAUAGUAAAGGUGUUGAAGCUAAGUUUGAGCAAACCAUUGCUGAUCCUACCUUUGAAAUACUAACAGACUUGUAUGUACCUCUUGUACAGAAGAUAGUAGUGAGAGCAACUACACAUGAUUUUGAUUUUCUCUAUGAAGGUAUGGACCCAAACAUGCCAGUCACUGUUGACCCAGGUGCUAAAGAAUUUGUUAUACCAGAAGUGAAAUCUUGGUCUGAGCUUAUGGGGGAAACUGAAUUCUUUCCUUGCAAGUGGCUACAAGAUACUAGCGAUGUGAUGGUCAGAUCUCCAGCUCUCACUGGUGGCAUUUCAACUGCUAAAAUUCCUGUCCAUCGAGUGAACAAGCCUGUACCUGUCCGAUCAACGCCGGUUACGGUGAAAGCAUCAAAGAAUCGAAAAGCUCAGAAAAUAUAUACUCCUGCUGUACAUCCAACACAGGAUGUAGUUAAUGCACCAACAACUAGCGCUCGUGUAAACACGCAAGCUGUCGCAACCGGUGGAGCACAGUGGAUGCAUGGACUGGAAGAUUCUUACUCAAGUGUUGGAAUGUCAAGAGAUGGGACAACAAUUAAACAACCAUCACUACAUAUUCACGGACAAAUAACACAGCUUAUUGCUGGGAAAGAGUUUGGGCCUCCUUUGAGUCUAUCCAUGCAUCUCCGUCUGCCCCCUAAAGAGGAAUCAUCAUACGAUCAUGAUAGCGGAUGCUCAAGCCUUGCAAGGACCCCUAUGUUUGGAUCUCGUGAAUCAUCGAUUGCGGCUGCAAAAGACAAAGAUGAUUCAUCCUCUAUAUUUUCUGAUAGUGGUGUUAGCACUGCUUCAAACGAAAAUAAGGGGAAGAAAAUUGAAACACACAUCUUAGCAGGAGGUGGCAUUGGAUAUCUUGGUUGCAAUCAUGAGGUGGUGGAGCUAAGACGUGAUGGGAAGAAAGGACUACGAGUGAAACUGCAUAAUCAUUUACUUCCAGACAAAAAUCUAGCUAGUGAGUGUAUUGCUAUGUCCUGAACAAAAAAUUAGUUUAAUACUUGAUAUGUGUGUAUAUGCAUUGUUGUUGUUUGAUGUUUACACCUAAACCUGUA